CUUUUCCCUCGCGCACUCACUCAGUGCACUCAGCACACAGGGCAAAGCGAACCGACUGGAGCCGAUUCCGAGCCAAACUGUCGGGUGGUUCAGAGUAAAAUGGGAUAUUACAUCUCACAACUUUUUCAGUAAGAGGAAUUCCGGACGGAUCAAUGGCAUGGCUGUGGACGCUGCCUCCAGCUUUAGUUUCUGUCGUCCUGCAGUAGAGUACAAGGCGCUUCCAGAGGACUUUAAGCACCAGCUGACCCGCUGCACUGGUGGAAAUCUUACCUGGCAUGAGUGUCGUGGGAACAAAACGGCAGGCGGACGUACUGUCAAACUUCUUCAGCAGCCAGGAACCGAGCCCUUGCAGCUUCACACAGGGGAUGCAUACUCUGUUUACCACACCAGUCCCACCCUGCCAAGUCUGUCUAGGCCAGUGGUUCUAUGGUCCCAACAGGAUGUGUGUAGGUGGUUAAAGAAACACUGUCCUCACAACUACCUGACCUAUGUGGAGGCUUUUUCACAACACGCCAUUACAGGCCGAGCUUUGUUAAGACUGAAUGGCGAAAAGUUGGAGAGAAUGGGUUUGGUUCAGGAAACUCUCAGACAGGAGCUUCUUCAGCAGGUCCUACAGCUGCAAGUCCAGGAGGAGAGACGCAAUCUCCAGCUGCUCAGCAGAGGGACUUUUGGGAACCUGUCAUAGCUACAGCCAUGCGUGGGCAGCUCUGCCAGGCUCAGUAUGCUGUGAGAGGGCAUCGAGGCAUGGGGCCACAGGCUGUGUGUGUGCAAGAACAGACCUCUGUCUUGGACUGACACAGGCGACUGAGGCUUGGCAGAGCUUUUAGCAUCACCAGCUGAACCUUCAUGUCCAUCUGAGAUUCCAGAAGAACAAUCUAAGAAGAAUAAUGAAACUAACCUGAACCUUUUGCUGAGAGUAGUGGACUACUCUAAAAAGUAGAAUCUCUGUGAGCUACAGAAAUGUAACCAGGAGUGCUGGAAAACAUAUGUUUUGCUGGUCACCUUUUCUUCUGUGGAAGUUUCAUUUUCAUGACAAGUGAUUUUGUCAGCAAAGACUGUGUGGGUGAUCUUGCACAAUAACUCACUGUAAUAAUCGGAGAAGAAUGUCAACUAGAAGACAGAUGGAAUCAGCUGCAGUGUAAUUUUGUAGAAAUUAAGAAAGUAGCAAGCCUUGACAUGCCUUUUCCAAGGUACCAAUUCUAACUGAAAUGUCAUAGUGGUAUUGUAAAAACAGCUCAAAGAAAAGAUAAACAAUGUGAAGUCUUGAUAAGAUUGUUUUUAACACUCACCAAAAUAAAUAUAUGCUGUGGUAAAAAAAAAAAAAAUACUAUUAAAGAAAUGAGCAGAAUUCAUACAGUAGCUCCAUGAUUUUUGCUAAACACAAAUGUAAGUGUUUCUAGUCUAUUUAUCAGCUUGAUGACACAUUGUAAAGCUUACUUGGGGACAUUACAGAAAUUCCACAGUAUAAAUGAUUGACAUUCUUUCCAUACUUUGUCUUGCAUACUGAAGUCGGUGAUUUACAAUGUCUUUUUAAAUAUACUUUGUUUAAAAAGCCAUUCUGGCUUACAUGGCACUCAUUGGCCUGAGUGCACACAUCCAAAAGCUGUUAUAUUUUGAUGUUUACCUUAUGUUUACAAUCUUCAUAUUAAUUUAUAUUCCACCUAAGAUAUGCAUCCAUUUUUAUCUAUUCAUAAAAAAUAUGUAAAUAAUCA